GCAUGGCGGAAAAGCAGCUGGUUGCUGUGCUUCUGUGGGUAGGCCUUGCGGGAAUCUUAACAAGCGAAAAUCUGGACAUUGACGAGCUUUUCAUUGACACUCCAGAUAUUAGGAAGUUUGUGGCUACGAAAGAGCCUUUGUGGACGUACAACGUGACCGGAAGAAGCCAUGUGCAGUGCAAAGUAGACGUUAUGAUAAACAAGACCGACACGUCCAUAUUCUUCACAAGACUAUUUUACUACGGCCCGCGGAAGCAGAAGCUUUCUCUGGUCCUCGAGGGACAGUUCAAUGUAAUUUAUCCAGAACAUAUGCUCAUCCGGCGAAAAGGGUCAAAAUUUUACCAAUUGGAACAGAUUAUCUACAUGUCUCCAAACUCUUCCUGCGCAGUUAUCAUGAUCACGCUGAUGCAUUUUCCACGUCCGAAGUCGCCACCCAUCCGCUGGUAUGAACUGCGAGUUAGAAAUUCCUCCAUUAUCCAGGGCCCUGAUCAAGGUUGCGAGGAAGAGUUUGAUGACCUGCUUUACCGCCAAGAACGUAUUUAUCAGCCCUACUGUCAGAAGAUUGUGCCUAAUUAUACACUUAAAGAUACAAAAUAAGCGUAUCCAAAUUUUACCGGAACUGGUUGCAGAAUUUUCUACAAUGACUUUUAAUAAAAAGCAAAUACAAAACAGA